AUGGGAGAGGAAUACCCGGACAAUUGCCCGUCGAUCGGCGAGAACGACGACGCGUACAAAGGGAAGACGAAAAUAGCCGAAGUAGCGGCCGUCACAUUGUGCAGGCUGAAUGGCAUAAUGAAGCAGAUGAGGGAUUGGCGAGAUGAUCGCGUGAAACUGAGGUCGAAUAUCUGCCGGCUGAAGCUGGCUCUGCGAGUCGCUGGACGCGAAACGGAUGACACCCUGCACGGUGAUCCGUUGAUCGAGCACCAGAGAGCGGAGAUCAAGCGGCUCGAAGCGGCGAAUCGGGCGCUGAAAAGGGAAAUCGCCGACGUUAAGACGACCCUAAUCGAAGAGGGCCGCGUUACGCCCGAGGACAGUUGGACGUUCAACGACGAUCAUUCGAUCGUUAAGCAGGAGUUCUUCGCGGAAACGGAACGUUUGAACAACGAAAUUCUUUACCUAAGGAGUCGGCUGAAGGAGGUCGAGGAAGGAGACGAGCACAGUUCAGAAAUGGAGCACCUGAAGUGCAAGCUGAAGCACUUCAUGAUGGUCGACCAUACCGUGGAGAUUAUAUUCACCGACAUAGUGAACAAAGUCGCCGAGACGAUCGCCAAUUUGUCCGAGGAACUGGUAAACGUAACCGGCCACUUGCAGAUGUCCAAACUGAACAACGACAAUUUGUACCUAAAGAUCGACAAGCUGCAAGCGAUGCUACGAUCGAAGAAUAGCAACGCCGUGGAUUACCAAAAGAGAAUCGUCGAACUGGAAAACCUGUCGAAACGUCUCGAGUCUGAAUUAUCUACGCUCAAAGAUGAUUCAUAUGGCGAAUUUUUAAAUAUGAAUUCGGAUUAUCAGACUCAUCUUGGGAAUGCGGAGCGAUUGGCGAGCGAUUUGAAGAACAAGCUGAAGAACGACCGGGAGGCUCUGCUCGGGGCUGGCGAUCCGGAUUGUCUAAAUUACAUGCAAAGAAUCGCCGAGCUACGCGUGAACUUGAAGCAAUUGCACGUCGAACUAUCGAGGUCGACCGUGCCUCUUCUUUCCAGUGGCAGCGAGAAAACGACGGUGUACAACAAGUGCAUAAAGCAGAUAUCCGUUUUGGAGUCCACUUUGAAAGAGAUCAACGCCGAGAUCGACGAACUCAAGUCCGAUCAUGUAACGAGGCAUUGUAAGCUCGGAGGUCUGGAGUACCUGAAUAAAAUUGAGGAGGUCCAAACGAUCGUCGAGGAGGCGAUGACAACGAUGAAUGGCUUGAAUCGUCGUACGCCGGGGAAGCCGGUCGAUGGAAAGGAGAUUGAAAAAUUGAAAGGUUCCGUUGGUAGAGUGUGUCGCGAGAUAAAACAGUUGGAAGUGAUCGUCGCGUCUAACGAUUGUUUGAGUUUGUUCGCGAGAAUCGAGCAACUGGAGGAGUCGAUCGUUUUAUUAAAAAUGGAGUCGAACGAGAAGGACGAACGAGCGAACGCUUCGAGGCAGAGAUUAUUCGAUUUGGAAACCGUGCUGGAGGAAAAAAUCGAGAUAGCCAAGGACGCCGAAAUAAAAGUGGCCGCGCUAACGGACGAGAAUAAAACUUUAAAGGGGAGAGCGAAGAAAAUGGAAGGAAAGAUAUCGGAGCUACAGCGCGAACUGGAUGCCACCAAGGGGGAGCUGGAGCAGCUACAACAGGUGAGAAACGAAGCGAGUCUGACGAGAAAGAAAUUGCAAAACGUGCAAGCCGAUAAAGAGUCGAUGCUGAAAGUAAUUGGGAAAAUGCGUGACGCUUUGCAGAAGAGAAACGACGAAUUCAAGUUCGUUACUGGCGAGAAGGACGCCAUGGAAAAAGCAUUGAACGCGAAAAUCGCGGAUAUGGGAAAGAGUCUCCAGGUUGUUUCGAAGGAGAAGACGAGGUUGCUGAGCAAACUGGCCGACCUCCAACGGGCCGAGCGUAAACACACGGAAUGUCCAAGGAAUGAAUCUCCAACGCCCGUCGAUGCCCGACUAGAUCAAAUGAAAGCCGAAUUAGAAACGUCGAGGGCCCGUCUGAACAACGCGAACCACGAAAUCAUCGAUCUGAAGGCCAGAUUGAACCAUCUUUCCAGCGACAAGUCGAAGCUGGAAACCAGCAUUUCUCACUUGGAAUCUAAGAAAGACGUGCUCGUGUAUCAGCUGGGCGUUGAGAAGACGACCGUCGAUGAGACGCGAAAGGAACUGGCGAAGCUGAUGUCGGACUACGGAGAAUUGAACGAGGAAAGGGCCGAUUUCAAGUACGAGAGGAAACGAUUGAAAGCGGAAUUAACAGAACUGAAGACGGAAACGGAAUUGCUGAGGAAGUCUUUGGAAAACAUUAACGCGAAAAAUGCCAAGCUCGAGAACGAGGUUGACAAAUACAAGGACGAGUGCUACGCGCUCCGAGAGGAGAUCAGAAACUUUGAAACAAACGCGGAGGAUUUAGCGUCAAAGUUAAAGAACGCGCGAGGGGAGCUGAGCGGGGCGGAAGAUAAAAUAAGGCAGUUGGAGUCGGAAAAUUCGAAGCACCGGUGCAGUUUGGAUGCGUUGGCUUUAAAAAAUGCCGGCCUCGAAGGCCGCGUGCAAGUGCUUCUGACAGAAAAGAAUGAGCUCGCGACGCGUAUUAACGAGCUAGACGGGAAGAACGUCGCGCUGAGGGAUCAGCUGAAUAAAGUUAAAACGGAGAACGAAUAUUCUGCUAUCGAAUUGGAUAAAUUGAGGACGGAGUGCGACAAAGCGAGAACGGAGAACGCGUUCCAGAGUAACGCGCUCGGCGAGACGAGGAAAAUCAACGAGGCGCUGAAAAUGAAGUUGAGCGAGAUCCACAGCGAGUACAGGGUGCUCGAGAAUCAGCUGAAAAUUAUCGAGGCGACGAACGCCGUGCUGAGAAAAGAGAAGGAAACGCUGUACUGCGAGUACGUCAGCAGCCUGCGGUCCGAGAUCCCGAAAGCGGAGAAAGAGGAGGCGGCGAUGGUCGAAGAAAUGAUUUUUAACGACCACGGCGAACAAAUCGCCGAGCGCGUCACGGGGAAACGCGAAAGAAAAUGGGUCAACGAAAAGUCCGACAAACGCCCUACCGAGAAACUGAAGGCGAAGAACGCGAGAGACGGGCUGAAGAAGCUGAUAGUGGAGAACGAAGCUUUGAAAUUCGAGCUGCUGAACUUGAGGAGCCAGAACUUCGAGAUCAAAAUGAAGUUGACUCGUAUGAGGGAGGAGUCCCAGAGACGGAAGAUCGAGUACGCGCAGAACGAGAUGAACGAAACCGCGAUCGUGCCUAUCAUGAAUCUUUAUUACAAACAGAUUAACAGCUACUCUAGUUAUACCGACGACACCGUGGGCGUGAUGGCGUGCAUCGACCGGUCGAAUAUUUGUUUCGGCGGGUCGACGUCGGAACGAAAGUCGGGGAAUGAAAUCGAGAGACUUAUGGAAGUCGUGGACAAGAUGAAGAUCGAGAACGUUGCCCUGAAGAUGGAAGUGAACACUCUGAGGUACAGCAUCGUCGUUAAUUUCGCGGAAGAUGAAAAAAGGAGGAGCGAGUUGCGAAACGCGUCGGACGAAAUUCAAGCUUUGAAGGCGGAAUUAGCGAAACUGAGGGACGAGAAGGAAUCGUUACGUGUUCGACUGGACACGGCUGGGACGAAAUUGAAUCAGCUGGAAUCUGAGAAAGCCGCUUUGAAGGAUGAGCUUUACACCUUAAGGAAAACGAAUUCAGACCUUAAACGCAAGGCGAACGAAUUACGGUGUGAUUACCAAAAGUUUAAAGAAAGGAGCGUAGAGUUCGAGAGCUGUGUAAUGGGGACCGUGAAGAAGAUAAAGAAGUACACGAUGAGCGCGGGGAAUCCGAAUAGGAUCGACGAUGAAUUGAGAGAUCUUUUGAUGAAACUCAUUUCGAACGAGGAGCUUUUGCAUUCGAUGAACGAACCAGGACCUAAUUUAGCUGGGAUUUGUGUCGAUCAUGUCACUACAUAAUCUAACGAUCCUAAUUUAUAACGUAUUGUACCAUGUGUUGUAAUAAAACUAAGU